AGCUCCUAAAGCAGCAUCUGGCAAGUCUAGGCUCAUCAGAGAAGAUGAGAAUGAUAAAAGUGACGAAGAGGAGGAGGAAGAGGAGGGAGGAAGUGGCCUAACAUCACGUCACAUGACAUUCGGGAAAAAGAAAGAACCAGCCAGACAAUUACAAGUAUUGAGUGCAUUGGAGAACAUUGACAGUGAAUCAGAAGAUGAGGAGACCCAGCGAUGGGAGGAGGAGCAGAUCAAUAAAGGAAUCAAAGCCAGUAACCCACUCCCGGCUGAUGAACCAGUCACCAUCAACUCACUGGACCCUCUCACGCAAUCUUUCAUUUAUGGUAUCGACUAUCAGCAGCAACAUUAUCAACAGCAAACAAGACCCCCUCCCCCUCCUACUGUAUCGGUUAAAUUUGUUCCCGUGACACUGGAUAGUUUGAAAUCAAGAUUAUCCAAUCGGUUACAGGAAUUGAAGGAUAAUGUUGCUAAUCACAGGAGGCAGUUGGAUCAGGUUAUGGCUGAUGUUAAAGAUGCCAAUGAUUUCAUUGAAGGAGCUGAUACUAGUAUUACGAGGAUUGAAGAACAUUAUUUAUUCUAUCAACAAAUGAAAGGAUAUCUCAGGGACUUACUCUCAUGUCUUGCUAUAAAGGCUCCAUUAAUAAAGUCUAUAGAGGUCAAAGUUCAAUCUAUUCAUUCUAAAAGGUCACGCCUCCUAAUUACCAGAAGACGGCAAGAUGUUACCGAUGAGUCUGAGGAGUGUAGAAUGGGUGUAGCUAAUGAUGAAGGACGUCAGGGACGCAUUGUGGAGAGAGAAGGGAGGAGGAGGAGGAGGAGAGAGAAGAGAGAGAGACAGGAAGUUGCUACUGAUCAUUAUGAAGGAAUGUCUUCGGAUGAUGAACUACUGGAAACUGAUAAAAUACGUUUUAAUAAAGAACUAGAAUCACUAGGUCCUGAUAUUAAUGACGUAUUCUCUGAUGUCGUUGAUGAUUUUUGUGAUUUGAAUAUAAUCAAGACACGAUUUGAGCAGUGGAAGUUCACCCAGUCCAGCAGUUACUCUGAGGCUUACGUCAGUCUCUGUUUAACUAAAAUAUUCACUCCUUAUGUGAGACAUGAACUGAUAUACUGGAACCCACUGGAGUUUGAUGCUAUACCAAUAGACUCAAUGAAAUGGUUACAGUGUUUAUUAACAUAUGGAUACCAUGAGGGGGAGGAGCCUGACAUCACUGAUAAUGAUAUUCACUUGAUACCUCAGCUAAUUGAUAGAGUAUUGAUAUCAAAGAUUAACGGUGAGUCACAUGACACAGUAUCACAUGAUGAUUGGGUGAAGCCCACUAAGACAGGAAAACGCCUUGUCUGUAAGGGCAUAGGGUCGUCUAGCUAUUAUUAUAGUUAA